CUCAGUCCUCAUCCAUCCGCCAUGAAAAAGGCGGGACGCGACGCCGACGCCCAAGGAACCGCCCCGCCCCCCAUUGGCUUCCUUGCUCGACCAACCGCUGCAGAUCUAGAUCGAGGCCGGGAUCGGAGAUGGAUCAUAGGCCGUUCUCGGCGGAGGAGAUCGCCGACUCUUUCUGGGCCGCCUCCCCCGAUCCCUCGCCCGCCAUUAACCGGAGCUCCUCGGAAUGGCUCUUCGAGAAGUUUCUGGAGGAGGCCACCGCCUCAAGCCCCGCCGAAUUUUCCAGCCCUGACCGAAACGGGGUCGCCGUUGCGGCCGCUUCCGCCUCCGUCGUGGGGUCGAACUUCGUCGUGGGGAGCGGGGAUCUUGGACGAGGAGCGGAUGGGGACGUAGUGGAAGUCAAGGCGACCGCUGCUCGGCCUCCCUACGAUCAGCCGGCCGCCGACGGCUCGGUGGACUACCAAGCGUUUCUGAAGCAGAAGCUGGACAUGUUCUGCGCUGCUGUUGCCAUGUCUCGGGGUUCUGUUGUGAAUUCACGCGAUGCUGCUUCUGCAGCUGACAGCAGGUCACCAAUUUCAGAUGCUACGUUGAUUGGUUCUCAAGCAACUGUCAAGGGCACUGACCAUGGUGGAGUUCCAGCUCUUUCCACUAUGCAAAAUUCAGUUGUUCAGGCAAAGCCUGCUACCAGUAGUUCAUCAAGGGAGCAGUCUGACGAUGAUGAUGAACUCGAGGGAGAAGCAGAAACCAAUGAAAAUGCAGGUCCUACUGAUAUAAAGCGCGUGAGGAGGAUGAUUUCAAAUCGAGAAUCAGCAAGGCGUUCAAGGAGGAGAAAACAAACUCACUUAAGUGAGCUUGAGGGACAGGUCUCCCAGUUGAGAAUUGAAAAUUCAUCUCUCUUAAAGCGCCUUACUGAUAUUAAUCAGAAGUUCAGUGUUGCUGCCGUUGACAAUAGGAUACUAAAAGCAGAUGUGGAGACCCUAAGAGCUAAGGUCAAAAUGGCAGAGGAGACUGUAAAGAGGGUAACUGGAGUGAGUCACUUGUAUCCGAUCAACUCUGACACGUCGAGUAUCAGUUUGCCUUUCACCGGAAGCCCAUCUGAUGCUUCUGCUUCUCUCCAAGAUGACAUGAACCAAUUUUUCCAUGUGUCACCCCAUGACCAGAGGACUAACAACGGUCUCCCUGAAACUGGGACCAGAUUGGCUUCGGGCAAGAUUGCGGGAAGUGUUUCGGUGCAUCGGGUCGACAACCUCGAGCAUCUACAGAAGCAAAUCUUCGGAGGACCAAGUUCUCCCCUGCAAUGGGACACUGCCUCUUGGGACGCCGAGAGUUCUAUAAGCAACAGCAAGAAGUAAGCCUAACAAAUUUCAGGCUUUGUUACAUUUGAUGUUGCAAGGAGUCAUGUGCUCUUCUUGUCUUUUAGGCGGUGACCGAUGAAUGCCCCUCAUAUUAUGUGUGUUAUUACAAUUAAAUCUGUUCCUUUUCUUUUAUCUUAUUGAUCAAUAUUAAUCUGAAUCUUAAGAACUUUUUAUCA